AUGGCUGCUUCACAUCACAACAUCCCAUCUACGCCGCCCCCGGCGACAUUGUUCAACGGCGGCAGUGCUGGGUUCAUGCCUACGAGCUGCUGCAAGAUGAUGAUGCACAUGACCAUCAUCUGGGGCCACAUCGCUGAGGUUCUCUUCUCGUGUUGGCCUGGCCGUGACAACCCGGUCAUGUACGGUGGUUGUGGGUGGGUACGUUGGUGGUGA